UAUUGUCAUUGUAACUCUAUCGGAAGGGAACGGGAACAGUCCAGUCCCAGUCGUAACAAAACAACAUAAUAGAUGCUCUAUGUGUCAUCUCCGGCGGAUAGCUAAUUCAUCAUUCAUCAUCAUCAACCUCAUACAUAACCAUAACAAUAACCCUGGGCACUCUAUAGGCAUAGGUACCAAAUUAAAUUAGGCCCUAGUGAAUUUCAAAUUUUAUAGAUUGUUUCGUUCGUGUCCUGGACUUAACUGAACUGUUGUCAAUUUAAUUUAACGUCAACUUGAUUAAAAACUGAGCGACUAGGGCUAAUUUACAUACAGUAGGCCUAGAUAAUAUUUGACCAUUUUAAUGCUCAAAUCGAUAAUUUUGCUAAUAGGAUUUUACAGAGAGUCGAGAUACCAUGAGUGAUGGUGUUAGGCAAAGAUUUACUAAAGAUGAUACUAAGAAUCAAGCAGAAUUUCCUCCCACCUACAUUGUACUACAGUUUAGCCCAGAUAUACACACUGAAGCAGUCCAAUGGAUAGUUGAUAAAAUUAAAAAGGACAGGAAAGAUGGUGGUGCCGAAUUACUUGUCCGAAAACAACCAAAUGUACCAGGAGAGCUAUCCCUAAUGUUCCAUGUCUCGGCAACCAAUCAGAAGUUGUUGGAGUUAGCAGAAGAACAAAACAUUCGUAAGUCGGACUCCAGGGGGUUCGUUAGAGAUUUCACUGUCCAAGAACAGUCUGAGUUUGGUUGUGCUUCAGAUAUUCUCUCAACUGCUGAGAAAGAAUAUCUAGUCCGCCAUGAACUCGAAAACAUCAGAGCCCUAGAGAAUGAGAAGUCUGUACCAGGGUACUCCAAUAAGAUACACCUCUAUGAAGGCCAGUCAAUUUUUGCCGCUUGUGUUCAUUAUAAUUUGCUGCAACAACUAUUCCCACUUCACGAUGAAGAUGUUUUAAGAAAGUUGGGUCGCAAAUGGUAUCUCUCUCUGUUCAAAAAGCAACCAUUUGAGGAGAUCCGAGAGUACUUCGGAGAGUCGAUUGCUCUGUAUUUCCAGUUUCUAGGCUAUUACACAUAUGCUCUAGUAAUUCCGAUGGUACUUGGAUUCCUGCAACUCUUCAUUUCACCAGAGAACAUUGCAUGGUUCUGCAUAAUCAAUGUGUUGUGGGCUUCAAUGUUCAUGGAGCUUUGGCGCAUGAAGUGUUCCGAGUUGGCGUUUGUUUGGGGCACCAUCGGAAUGGCUAGCAGCCUGGACGAGCCCCGGCCUAACUUCAAGGGAGUGAUGGGAGUAGAUCAUGUCACUGGUAAGCUCCAACCUCAGGCUCCUCGAUGGAAAACUCAAGUCAAGAUGUACACAGUAUCAAUACCACUGGUAGUGGUCUGCAUGGUGUUGGCGUUCUUUGUCAUGUUGGUGUCGUUCUGGCUGGAGGAACUACUACGAGCAAUGCCAGACUGUCCCCAGUGGUUGUAUCUGGCUCCGAGUGUUGCUUAUGCUGCUCUAAUCUAUCUGAUGAACAUGGCUUACCGUCGGUUCGCUACUAAUCUUACAGAAUGGGAGAACCACCGCACCCAGUCUCAGUUUGAAAGGCACAGAGUCACCAAGCUAGUUCUGUUUGAGUUUGUUAACAACUUCAUGUCACUGUUCUACAUUGCGUUUAUCUAUCAGGACAUGGAUAUGCUCAGGAGUCAAUUGGCUACCCUACUGAUAAUAUCGCAGACCAUUAACAACUUCCAAGAAGCAAUCCUUCCACUGAUACUUCAACAUUAUAACUCAAAGGUUCGACUCGUAAAGAGGAACAGCUCCAAAAAAUUUUUAAUCACUACUUCUCAUUUGGAGGUUGAAGAAUUGCAUAAUGAUGAUCCCAGGAUUUUACAAGCUUUGCGGGAAUGUUAUCUUGAUCCUUAUGAGGACCCCUAUGACGACUAUCUGGAGCUGUUUGUCCAGUUUGGUUAUGUUUUCCUGUUCUCGUCAGUUUAUCCGAUGGCAGCUUUCUGGGCUGUCACCAAUAACCUGCUAGAGAUACGAUCCGACGCGUUCAAGCUCUGCUGCAGUCUCCAACGGCCGAUGGCUCGCAGAGUGAAGGAUACAGGGGCUUGGCAGAGAGCGUUUCAAGCCUUGUGCACCUUAUCUGUGAUGACCAACUGUGGCUUUCUCUACCUGUCUCCAGCGAUGAAGUCCGUGGCACCAGAAGCCAGUCCUAGUGAAUGGGUUUUGAUUUUUGUCGCUUUGGAACAUGUUUUGUUGGCCACACGGCAGAUUCUUCAUCUGGCAAUACCGGACAAGCCUGAAUGGGUACGACUUGCAUUGGCCAGACAUCAGUACCAAUCCAAGCUUGCCCUCAAGAAACAGGCAUUGUUUAUAAAUUUGUACGGUAAGAAUGAUGGACCGUCCCCAACUAGGGUUUAAAAAAAAGGAGAAGACCAAUUAAAAAGCUUUAAUUAUGUUACCAGUGUGAUAAAAAAGUGCCAAAAAAAUUGACCACCAUUGAAACCACUAAGGCUGCAUUCACCAACUAACACUAUUAUAGGAUAUAGCUAUUUUUGUAAUUUUAUGUAAGAGCCCCAUAACUAUCAAGACUUGUAUAAAUAAGUGUAAUAGUCAUGACGAGUAAUGGAGUAAUUGAGGUAGACUGGACAGAUAUAAUCUGUAUUUUGUUGUUAUGAGAACUAUGAGGCUCAAUCACAUGUCCUUACCUAUUAAACUCUACAACUCUAAAAACGACUGUAGAACCUCGAUAAGAAGACUCUCGAUAACAAGUCACCCUUGAUAACAAGGGUAAUUUUCAAAUCCCCUUGAAAUUAUUUUACCCCUAUCACAUGUUAUUGCAAACCUCGAUAAGAAGUCAACCUUGAUAACAAGUCUUUUUUAUGAUCCCUGUGAGAGUCUUGUUAUCAAGGUUCUACUGUAGAAAUAUUCUGGAAAGCUAAAUUCAAAGUUAAAUUCACCCAGACAGAAAACCUUGCAAAACAAUUUUGUCUGGAAUACUCUUGCAAUAAAGUGAUUAAAAUACUGAAUAUUAUAGGCCUAUUACAUCUUUUGGGCAUGACCAGAAGUAAUAUUAAAACGUAAUGAAUCACAUACACAUAUUUUGGUAUUACAGUAGAACCUUGAUAACAAAACUCUCACAGGGAAUAGCAUUGUGUUCAGGAGUAAAAUAAAUUCUAGUGGGUUUGAAAAUGACACUUGUUAUCAAGGGUGACUUGUAAUCGAGGUUCCUCUGUAUGUUAAAUAAACAGGUUUUAUCUUGUCAUCACCUUAUCAUUAACACCAACUUUAUGUAAAUUAAAGCUUGUAUCGUUGUUACCAUUUCAUUUUGUAUCAAAUCCAAAACAAAUUAUAAAAAUAAAAGAUCAUUAUUACCUUUUGUAGCCGUGUUUAUAUAGAUCAGGGAGUUGUAUGCAUGGAUAUAUUAUUUUGUGAUCUGUUUUAAUUUAUUUAAAUAUGUUAUCGCUAUCAGAAUACAUACUUUUUGAAUUUUGUGAUCUGAUUUUAUUUAUUAAAAUAUUUUA